AUGGUGCAUUUAGAUUCGAAUCAUUUAGUCGAUAUUUCGACGCGAUUCAAUCUCGAUAUUAACAAGAUUAAAGGCAAUUCUCUGAUCGUUGAAUACAUAUCUAUAUGUAUACAUGGAUUUCAAUAUCAUCAUGAUCCUAUCAAUUUGAACAAUCUCAGCCGUUAUAAUUCUAUCAAAAUAUUCAUCUGUACGAAUGAGAAGAAUCCGACAAGCGAUAGUGACGAUGAUGAUGACGGACUCGAUCGUACAGAUCCACCAUCAGUACUCAUCGAAAACUUUCUCACUGAUAACGAAAAUGAACAAUUCGAUAGUAGUGAGGAGGAAGACGACGACGAUGAUGGCAGUGAUAUUGAAAAUCAUUACUCUUCUAAGAAUCCAUUACCAACUGAAGAUCGUCUAGGCUCAUUAUUACGACAAUCAAAUCGUCUUGUUGAAUUAAAACUAAACACUUCACAUAAUCGUUUAAUAAAUAAUCCACAUCAGUCAUUGCGGCAUGCACUCUCCGAUAGUGAUAUGUCAAAACGAUCCCAGGCACAACCAUCGAUAUUAUACUCGUCAUUAUCAUCAAAUAACUUUUAUCUUUCAACGAAUCGAUCACACCGUCUCUAUUUACCAUCCUCAUGUAUAUAUGAUUUACAAAAUCAAAUAACCAAUUGGUUACAAGCAAGUACUUAUCUGAUCGAUUCAAUCUCCACAUCGAUUUAUCAUCGACGAUGCUGGUCACAACUUCUGUUAACUUAUUUCAUUGAAUGUGGCUACAUUAACCUUGAAUUCAAUCGUUGCACGCAUUCAGCGUCAACAACAAGUCUGGAUCAAGAUUCGUGUUCUGUGCACAAGCACGGAUGUGUACCUGAAGAAGAUGCGUUCAAACUGUGUUCAAUUUUACAGAAAGGCUCGCGUUUUAACAUCAAUUCGAUUGUUUUCGAUCACAUACGUCGUAUCAUUGUUAUCAAAAGCAUGCAAGAAGUGUUCAGCGAUAACACAAAUCUACAACAGGUUUAUGUUAAACAAUUGAAAAGUCUAAAACAAUCGUUAACUCAUCAACAAUCAUCCGUGACAAAUAUCAAUAACAAUUCAAUCAUAAAUAUUGCAUCGAUUUAUUCGAAGUUACUACUGUUUCUCUCCAGUUUGUAUUCGAUCAAAGCCGAAACGAUGCAAGCACUUUUCUGUCAACAUCUUCUACACAAUCCGUCUUAUUCCUAUCUGAUUACUUCAUGA